CGACUCUAUUAUACAAAGAAUCGACUCCCAAAUUCCAGAGAGCAGCGAAACAUUUUGGUGCAGAACAGAGUCGACUCUUUGACAGAGAGACGACUCUUAAUGCUGCGGGGAAAUAAACUCUCCUCCGUUCAAAAUCGACUAUUAUUUUCUAGAGUCGACUGUUUUGCAUGUAAGAGUCGACUCUCAGAGUAUAGAGUCGACUCUUUGGCGCGGGAUUUGAUUAAAACCGCUCCAGUUCCAGAUUUCCCCAUUUUCCCUCUCUCUCCUAUUCGACUCUCUGAGAAACCUAACACUCAACCCAGCCAAAAUCCUCCCAAAUUUCACCAAAAUAACUCACCCAAACACAAACCCACACCAUUUUCGGUCCAUUCCUCUAAGAUUCGUGCAUAGUUAUACAAAAUGGUGAGGACUAAGAGAGUUGUAAAGAAAGCAAGGGGGCAGGCGGCAAGCACGUCAGGAAGGCGUCGAAGGGCUGAGCAAAGUCCUGAGGACAGUGGUGAAAGCAUAGACACGGAGCAGGUAUUUCAACCCGAUCACCCUCGAAACUUUGUAUCUAGAAAUGCUAUAGAAGCCUAUAAUAAAUUAGGAAAUAGGAAAGUCGUUUAUGGUUUUAGAGUAGUUUUAGAUGAUAUAUGCAAAAGGGGGCUCCAUAUUAGAGAAAUGUUAGAUGCAAUGGGGUGGACUGAAUUAGUAAGUAGAAAGGUGAAGGUUUACCCGCAGUUGAUAAAGAUUUUUUAUGCAAAUUUGAGUGAUUCGGAGGAUGGAGGGUAUAGAACAACAGUUCUUAAGAAAACGUUUGAAUUUGAUGCUGAAAUUAUAAAUGAUGUUUUACAUUUGCGAAAUGAGGGAGCCAUCGAAUUGAAUGCAUUUACAGAGGAAUUGGCAAAGAAAUUUAUCAUGGGGGAUGAGUACAAUGAGGGACAAACAUUAACCAUUCACCACUUGAAUUUGGAGAAUCAGUUAAUGUUUUGGAUUUACAAUCACAUAAUUUUGCCUAGGCAAGGUUCUUAUGGAAAAUUUAGUGGUCUGGAUUGUGUGUGGUUUGCAUAUAUUCUUGAUCAGAGGCGGAUCAAUUUAGGACACCAUAUUAUGAGACAAAUGGUGUAUUAUAGGGGUAGAUCGACACUCGCACUAGUGUAUGGCAUUCUCAUCACAUUACUUAUGAAAAAUGCGGGUGUUGAUUUGCAUGGUAUGGAGUCCCGAGACCUACACAGUCACGAGCUUUUGAAUGAGAGUUCACUGAACAAAAUGGGGUAUGUAUUUAGUACAAGAACAAAUUCUUGGGAAAUGAAGCAGAAAAGGAGAAGAGGAGGACAAGAUGAUGAAGGUGAGGGGUUUGAUGAUGAAGAACAUGCCGAAGAAGCUGAAGAAGCAGGUCCCUCACAAGCUACUUCAUCUCGAGUUCCUCAGAAAUUAACCACACAGAGGGGAAUGCAGCUCAUUCUUGAGAGACUUGGACGGAUUGAAGCAAAGCUCGAUGAUCACAUUCGCGAGUGUCAGAUGACAGCACCUAUAGGUACUCAAGGGACAAGAAGAGAUCCAUCUACUACUGGCACAUCCUCCAGACAGCAACCCACUGAUCCCUUUUCAAAUCCGGAAGCAUAAAUCCUCCUGUUGCAGUUGUUGAUGGCUGUUAAAUUAUCAUUUUAAUGUUUGAACACUCUUUUGAAGGUUUUCUUAAUGUAUUGACUUUUUAUAUUUUUGAAUAUGUACAUAUAAUGUUGACAUUAGAUGCAGUUUAAUUGAAUGCAGAUUUUAACAUCAAUGAACAUAGCAUAAUUGU